GCAACUGUUUUUGUUCGAUCAACUAUACAUAUGUUGAAUAUUAACCAUGCACAUCUGCAUUGAGAUUUUCAGUGAUAAUAACUAAAAAAAAUUGAAAGAAAUAUCAAAUUUUACAUUAGUUUGUUUCAUAAAAUUGUUGAUUUUCGUCACCAAUAUCAAAAUGGCAUUUUCAAACUCAAAACGAGCGUCGGAAAUAGACUUUCAAACACCACUUCGCAUGUCGGUUUCGGAAUCAUUUACGAAAAAAGAUUUGUUGCCAAAACGUAUAUCCGAAUUAUCACCGCUCGAGUCAUCCGAUGACGAAGAACAAGGACUUCAGAAUAAUGCAUUCUUGGAUGAAUCGUUCAUUGAGUUGUCUGCGGAAAAAUCGGCAAAUGACAGUGAAAACAAUCAAAACAUUGCCAACAAGAAGCCAGAUUCCAUUUUUAAAUUGGGUAGCCACAUGUCAUUGAUCAAUGAGAAAGGCGAAUCAAGUGCGGAAAGUACGUGCAAACGUGAUUCGGUUCCGCGUCAAUUGAAUUUCGAUGAUGCGGACGGUGUGGAAAUUGUGAAUAAGAAAGAACCAGAUCGGCCAAAAAUAUCAUUGUUCAGUAAAAUCCAAACAAAUGAAACAUCAAAGAAAUUGAGCGAAUCGGUUGCAGCGCGCAUUUCUGAUGCAUCACGGAAGCCAAAAUCAGUAGAAGUUAAAAGUUCGGUGGACAGUUUGAUUGGACCACUCGAAGCGGCCACCAUUAAAUGCAGCACCUUGGCACCAUCAUCCAAAUCGAAUGAUGCCAUCGCACAAGAUCCAAAACUAUGCACCGAACUGCAAACACCGAAAUUAAAAUCAUCGUUGUCUGAUGGGUUCAAGGAUCAAAAACAAAAUUCAGCCGAAGCGAGAGAAGAUGAAACCCCAUACAAAUCAUUUCAUAUGCCGGCAACGUCUACCAUGCGUCGCGUACAAUCAUCAUCACAGCAUCGAACACUUUUAUCGUCGGCCGGUCAAUCGAAAAAAUGCCGAACCGAAUUGGAAAAUGAGUUCAAAUCACAAAAGGUUCUGUUUCGUACACCAUCGGCCGUAUCACGACCAACAAUGAAAGUGAUGAACCACUUAGGUUUGGACGAUUCAUUGAAUUGUUAUCGAUCAUCGCCAAUGGUUAAUCUAUCGCCUGUUAAAGAGGAACAAAAUAAAGGUGGAAAAGAUUCGUCAAAUGGACCAAUCACCAGUGAAUUGCAGCGAUCAAAUGAUGACCAUCGUGAUACAAAAAGUGAUGUGGCCAACAGCGAUACAGCAAAACCAAAUUCUAAUGCCAACGAAACGGAGGAGAAAAAGAAAGUUAUCACCAUCAAUGGCAAAGACUUUGUUAUACAAAAUAAGAUAGGACACGGAGGUUCAAGCACGGUAUACUUAGUGGAGCACAAACAAACAAGAGUCCCAUGUGCGCUAAAGGUUGUUGACUUGCGAGGUGAUCCGGGACUCAUUGAAGGCUAUAUCAAAGAAGUGAAAAUUUUAGCAAUGCUUCAAGACAAAGUCAAUGUGAUUCGAUUGUACGAGUAUGCCAUCAUUUCAUCCGAAAAUCUUUUGUACAUGGUGAUGGAAAAGGGAGACUCUGAUCUACGAAACAUUUUGCAAACGUAUAGCUCAUCACUGCCACUGUAUACGCUAAUGGCUUAUUGGCAUCAAAUGCUUGAGUCUGUCGCUUAUAUUCAUAAAAAGGACAUAAUACAUUCGGACUUAAAGCCAGAGAACUUCCUAAUGGUUCGUGGUCGACUUAAAUUAAUCGAUUUUGGAAUUUCCAGUAAAAUGGCAGUUGACGCAACCAGCAUUAUUAAACAUUCUCAAGUUGGUACAUUCAAUUAUAUCAGUCCAGAGGCACUGAUGGACACAUCCACCGGCAACAGUCCAAUAUCGAAAAAACAUCAACCCAAAAUCAAAAUUUCACCAAAAUCAGAUGUGUGGUCUCUUGGAUGCAUUCUGUAUUUGUUGCUGUACAAAAAGACGCCAUUUGCCCACAUCAAAAAUAUUUACGCAAAAAUGCAAGCGAUUAUCAAUCCAACCAAAGAGAUUGCAUAUCCAAAACUACCGAAUUACUAUCCGUCGAUGUUACUCGAGAUGGUGCAGCUGUGCUUAAAACAUAAUCCAAAAGAACGAGCAUCUGUAGCUGAUCUACUGAAAUUUCCUAUUGACAUGGUGAUUCCUAUUAACAAAAAUUCGGAGAUAUAAUGUUUAUAUUUUGCUCAAUUUAUAUCCUCGAAAUCUGAACAAUAAUAGUAUUGAACUCGAAGUAUUGUAUUUUUUUAAGAAAAAUCGUCGCUAUAAGAUAUAUAACUAACAAAUUCGUUUUUUUUGCUUGGU